GAACGCACCAUUAGCGCUCUUCUGAGUGCCGCUGUAGUUGUGAGACUGAAAUCCAUUGAAACAGCCACUGUACAGUGCUACAUUUAACACUACUCUACGGGUGCUUUCAGUAUUAUUUAACGAUUUAAAAUUAAAGAAAUAAAACUUAAUUCUGCCUGGCUUUGACUAGUCCAUCCCCUUUAAGGACGGACGCCCUUCCCUUUAAAGCUCUGCUCUUUGUUGGCCGUCACGUCCAGUCUGUGACUGUUGCUGUGGCUACACUGAAAGGAUAACUUGUGAGGGUGUUUUAAUCUUAUUUUUUUAAGUUACUUAAUUCUAAUGUUGGCUCUGGUCCUGUCUGUGUCGUUACUGUCCUGCUGCCGACAUGUUGGGGCUUAUUUCGCGGAGGAGCGCUGGAGCCCGGAGUCUUCCCUACUCGCUCCCCGGCUCCUGGUCGCCCUGAACUGCAGGAACUCGGAACACUCUCUACCUCACGUACUCGGCACCAUCGAGCGGCUCAACUACCCCAAAGACCGCAUGGCGUUGUGGGUAGCAACAGAUCACAGUGAAGACAACACCACAGCUAUGCUACGUGAUUGGCUUAUUAAGGUGCAAAGCCUUUACCACUAUGUCGAGUGGAGGCCAAAAGAAGAACCCAGAUAUUAUCAUGAUGAAGAGGGCCCCAAACACUGGACGGAUGAGCGCUACGAGCACGUUAUGAAACUUAGACAAGUAGCACUGGAGUCUGCUCGUGAGAUGUGGGCCGAUUAUUUUCUGUUAGUAGACUGCGAUAACCUGCUAACCAAUCCUGAUGUGCUCUGGAAGCUAAUGAAAGAGAAUAAGACCAUUGUUGCUCCGAUGCUGGAAUCCCGUGCGGCAUAUUCCAACUUUUGGUGUGGAAUGACUUCCCAGGGUUACUACAAGCGUACCCCUGCCUAUUUGCCCAUAAGGAAACGAGUGCGAAAGGGCUGUUUUGCAGUUCCCAUGGUCUACUCCACCUUCUUGGUAGACCUCAGAAAAGAGGCAUCCAGAAAGCUCGCCUUUCACCCGCCCCAUCCAAAGUACAGCUGGGCUUUUGACGAUAUCAUUGUGUUUGCUUUCUCUGCUCGGAUGGCAGAUGUUCAAAUGUUUGUGUGUAACAAAGAAAUUUACGGCUACUUCCCCGUGCCACUGCGAUCCCAUAAUACUUUGCAAGAUGAAGCUGACAGCUUCUUGCACACGUUGUUGGAGGUUAACGUGCGAAAUCCGCCAGUGGCGCCUUCCAAAUACAUACGUGGUCGUAGCAAACAACCUGACAAAAUGGGCUUUGAUGAGGUGUUCAUGAUAAACUUGCAGAAGCGCCCUGACCGGCGGGAACGCAUGCUUAAGGCAUUGUACGAGCAGGAGAUCGCUUGUAAGAUCAUUGCAGCGGUAGAUGGAAAAGCAAUGAAUGUCAGUGAAAUUCAUGCUAUGGGCAUCCACAUGCUUCCUGGUUACAGUGACCCUUAUCACGGUCGCCCACUCACAAAGGGAGAGUUGGGGUGCUUCCUUUCUCACUAUAACAUCUGGAAAGAGAUCGUGGAGCGGGGUCUGCAUAGCUCUUUGGUGAUUGAGGAUGACCUUCGUUUUGAGGUUUUCUUCAAACGUCGCUUGAUGAACUUAAUGAACGAGGUGGAGUAUGAAGGACUGGACUGGGAUCUCAUUUACAUUGGUCGGAAGAGAAUGCAAAUAGAUUACCCAGAGAAAGCUGUGCCAGAUAUACACAACUUGGUAGAAGCCGAUUACUCGUAUUGGACACUUGGUUAUAUGAUGUCAUUACAAGGAGCUGAGAAGCUUCUGAAAGCUGAACCACUCAAGAAGAUUUUGCCAGUUGAUGAAUUUCUCCCCAUCAUGUACAAUAAACAUCCUGUGUCCGACUAUAAGGAACAAUUUGAGACAAGGGACCUAAAGGCAUUUUCAGCAGAGCCACUUUUAGUGUACCCGACCCACUACACGGGUGAUCCAGGCUACAUCAGUGACACCGAGACCUCGACAGUGUGGGACAAUGACAAUAUCCGCACAGACUGGGACAGAGCCCGCUCAGGCAAGACUAGAGAGCAGGCCGAGAUCAGCUCGGAAGCCCAGAACUCCGACGUGCUCCAGUCCCCUUUGGACAGUACGGCACGGGACGAGCUAUGAGACGGACUGAGUGAAAGCCUCUAUAAUCCUUAUAGGCACUUAAGUCAAAACACUUUAGUCUUUAAAUUAUGUCUCAGCUUUCAAACAUCUGAUUUAGCAUCACAGCUGGGAUUUGUUUCAGAAUUUUGUGGAGAGAUUCAACUGGUCCAGAUGUGACACGGCAAAAAAGGAUCACGUUUUACAGUGUGGAUUUUCUACUGUGAUGUUCCUUUUUUGUUUAAAACUUCUAACGGAACUAGACUUGCCAUAUGGAAUGGCAUUUGCAGUACCCGAUGUCUGUCUGUUAUACAGAAAUGAAUCUACAGUACGUAUUAGCGCAGAAUGCAGUUGGACUGCUUGAUUUCAGUAACUUUGCUGGACGAUUGUUACCAUCUUGUUUGGUAUUACACUGUGAAUCAGUUUUCACAAGGGUCUUCAGACAGAUGAAUUGGGCUAAUACAAUAUUUAAUGAGAAAUGCACUCAAAUAAUGGCCAUUCUUACUGUGGCUUUUUUUUAAAAACAGAAAUCAUGCAACUUAUUGCAUGUUUUUAACUCUAACUUUACUAACAAUAUUUUUCCAGAAACCGAUUGAGACCCUUGUCUAUUUGCACGAAUGUUCAGUUUUUGACUGUCUGUCAUGGUAUAUGUGUGACUGGCAGGUCUCAUCAAGAUCACUGUAUUAGUUUGGGGGAAAAUUGAUUUUUUUUUUUUUUAAUGUUCCAUUUUUGCUAUGGAAAAGAAAAUUAAUCCAAACAUGACUCCUCAUUCACAGAAAAUAUGGAUCAUUCCUUAUGAUAACAUUGAUUCCACCAGGUUUUCCCAGAGUUGUGAUGGAAUGGUUUUUAGAAAUUACUGUAGUCGAAAUGUCAAAACAAAC